UUUUGUGCCAACAACCCUGAUGUGUUCCUCGAAGCGGCUCUCCUGGCUCAGGAUUACUGUGAUGCCAUUGACCUGAACCUGGGCUGUCCGCAGAUGAUAGCAAAGAGAGGACACUAUGGAGUCUUCCUCCAGGAUGAAUGGGCGUUAUUAGAAAAGAUGGUCAGGUUAGCCAACGAAAGGCUCUCGGUGCCGGUCACAUGUAAGAUCCGAGUCUUCGAGGAGAUUGAAAAGACGGUUCGAUAUGCUCAAAUGCUGGAAAAAGCUGGCUGUCAGUUGCUGACCGUGCACGGCCGAACCAAAGAUCAGAAAGGUGCCAUGACGGGCGUCGCUAGCUGGGAGCACAUCAAAGCAGUGCGGGUGGCGGUAAAUAUUCCCGUGUUUGCAAACGGCAACAUCCAGCACCUGAGUGAUGUGUCGCGCUGCAUCCAGGAAACAGGAGUGCAGGGGGUCAUGAGUGCAGAGGGGAACCUCCACAACCCAGCACUGUUUGAGGGCCGCAGCCCCCCGGUGUGGGAAAUGGCUGAGGAGUAUCUGGAGAUGGUGAAGCAGUAUCCUCCCUGCUCGCUGUCUUACGUACGAGCCCACCUCUUCAAGCUCUGGCAUCACACACUGCAGAUCUAUCAGGACCUGAGGGAUGAGUUAGCUAAGGUGAAGACCCUCGAGGGUUUGGCUGAUGUGAGCAAACAGCUGAAGCAGCACUGUCAGGAGGAGAUAGCUGAGGGGAAGAAUGGAAGAGAGAACGUCAGCGACCUGCCCUUUCCUCACUGGAUCUGCCAGCCAUAUGUCAGACCAGCGCCAAAGCAGCCAAUUACUAAUGGUACUUGUCAGAGGUCAACGGUAAAGCAGACUGUGUGUCAGAAGAGGCUGCUGGAGGACGAAGAUGGAGCGGCUGAUACCCUCUCCAAAAAUAAACAGAAAAAAAGGUCCCGCAACCCCAACAAAAACUUCAGUCCUGAUCAGAAACCCAAGUACCUCAAAUGUGAACAGUGUGGCAACCCAAAGGGAAAUAAAUGUGUGUUCAACCUGUGUCGAGGCUGCUGUAAGAAGAAGGCUUUUAAAGAGGUGGCAGAUUGUCCAAGCCAUGGGCUGCGGUUCAAAACCAAGGCAGAGAAACGGAAGGCUGAAGAAGAAGAGCUGAGGAACAACACAAGGAAGGAGAGCUCAGUGAUGGAGCUAAACAGCUGCUCUCUUCAGCCGGGUCCAGACUCCAGUACAAAUCUGAAGGAACAGUCCACGGCCUAGCUGCUCCCCUGACAGAGACCGUCUCCACAUGGACAGAGAAACUCCUGCUGCUGGACUCUAACAGGGAACAGCUUAUUACUGCAGGCAGAGUUAUUUAUUGGAUAGUAAGACAGCUUUGAAACUAUUUCAGGUACAAAACAUUCCAGCCAUGCUGCUGUGAUGCAUACAGGCAGUUCUGAGAGUAAAACAUGAAACAUCUGAUAUGAACUUCAGGAUAAACUGUGACUGAAAAUAUCUUCUCAUCCUGGUCAUGUGUGUGUGGGUUUGGGUUAUUUGCAGACAUUUUUUUAGUCCAGCCUUUUCAAUCGCAUAAAGAAUCGGACUCCAUUUGUGCAUUUU